GCCGGGGCAGUCGGAGGGCCGGGACGGCGGAAGGGGACCGGGCCGGCUCUGUGCGGGCAUGAGGCACUGGUAGGCGCGGCGGCGGGGGCAGGGGGCGGCCAGGCCAGCCAUGCUCUCCAGGAAGGGGAUCAUCCCGGAGGAGUACGUGCUGACCCGCCUGGCCGAGGAUGUCCCCGAGCCCGCCCGCUACCGCGCCCGGGAGCGGCGGGCCCGCUUCGUGGGCAAGAACGGCGCCUGCAACGUGGCCCACAAGAACAUCCGCGAGCAGGGCCGCUUCCUGCAGGACGUCUUCACCACCCUGGUGGACCUCAAGUGGCCCCACACGCUCAUCAUCUUCACCAUGUCCUUCCUCUGCAGCUGGCUGCUCUUCGCCAUGGUCUGGUGGCUCAUCGCCUUCGCCCACGGGGACCUCGACCAGAGCACCCGGGCAACGCGGGGGGACAGUGGCCGGUUGGGGGCAGGUGGGUUUGUGCCCUGCGUCACCGAGAUGCACUCCUUCACCUCCGCCUUCCUCUUCUCCAUAGAGGUGCAGGUGACCAUUGGCUUUGGGGGCCGCAUGAUGACGGAGGAGUGCCCGGCUGCCAUCUUCAUGCUCAUCCUGCAGAACAUCGUGGGGCUGGUGCUCAACUCCAUCAUGCUGGGUUGCAUCUUCAUGAAGACCGCCCAAGCUCACCGGCGGGCCGAGACGCUCAUCUUCAGCAAGCACGCGGUGAUCGCCCUCCGGGAGGGCAAGCUCUGCUUCAUGUUGCGCGUGGGGGACCUGCGCAAGAGCAUGAUCAUCAGCGCCACCAUACACAUGCAGGUGGUGAAGAAGACCAGCAGCCUGGAAGGUGAGGUGGUGCCCCUCAACCAGAUCGAUAUCCAGAUGGAAAACCCAGUCGGGGGCAACAGCAUCUUCCUGGUCUCCCCACUCAUCAUCUACCACGUGAUAGACAAGAACAGUCCUCUGUAUGAAGUCUCUCAAGCCAACCUUCAUCAUCACGAAGAUUUGGAAGUGAUUGUCAUCCUUGAAGGGGUGGUGGAAACCACUGGCAUCACCACCCAAGCCAGGACAUCCUACCUGGCGGAUGAGAUCCUCUGGGGCCAAAGGUUUGUGCCUAUUGUGACGGAAGAAGAUGGGCAGUACUCGGUAGAUUACUCUAAAUUUGGCAAGACUGUGAAGGUUCCCACGCCUAACUGCACUGCCAAGCAACUGGAGGAAGACAGGAGUAUUAUGGACACCAUUUCCUUGUCACCUAGAAGCACCACGAGGAAAAGGUCUGUUAGGUUAAAGCCCAAAUUUACUAUAGCCGAUGAGCCUUCCUGACACCGUGUAGACCCAGCUCUUGAGUCUGACUGAUGCAAUAAAUUUACACUUGCUAUGGCCUCUAUUUCUGUUGUUCAGGUUACUUGGUUCACAAGGUAUGUAUUGUUCGGUGCAAGACAUCUAAUGAAAAGUGGCCAUAUGUAAGCAUUCUGACCUUAUUUAUUUGCACAAUCAUUUGGGUUGGAUAAACAAAACUGAAGGAAAUGAUGCCUUUUCAUGUGAUCUUUUUCCUGUGUAUUGAACUAUAUUAUUGAUGCUUUUUGCACUGCAGAAACUUGAUUUAAUGUUUAUAACUUAUAUAAAAACAUACCUCUGUCCCAGUAAAGCAAGGGAGAUUGGUUCCCUGAAAUUUAUAACAAGAACAUUGACUGUUACUAUUUAUGAUAAAAGACAAGACGGCAGUUCUGAAGGUUAAAGAUAAAAUAUUUU